GCAGACUCUCAGUCCUCAUUCUGGAGCCAGACUGUGGGUCUUUGCGACACCAGGCCCGGUUUCAUAAACCCAAACAGCCCGUUCGGUUCGGAGGUUUUAAACUCUCGGGGACUCCUCUUUGUUUUUUCAUCGCCUGGAACUUUGAUUUCCAGCCACAGCUGAGAGGAUUUACAAUCGGAGCCAGAAGCUCAUCAUGGGUCCAGCUCCUGCGGUUUCUGUCCUGGUUCUGGGCAUAGUGGUUCCAGCCCUGGCCGGAUAUAUCGAGGCGCUAGCUGCCAACGCCGGCACCGGCUUCGCUGUGGCCGAGCCACAGGUGGCCAUGUUCUGUGGGAAGCUCAACAUGCACGUCAACAUUCAGACCGGCCGCUGGGAGCCCGACCCGUCCGGAACCCAAAGCUGUGUAGGAACCAAAGAGGGCGUGCUGCAGUACUGCCAGGAGAUGUAUCCAGAGCUCCAGAUCACAAACGUGGUGGAAGCCGACCAUCCAAUCCGCAUUGAGAACUGGUGCAAGAAGGAGAGGAAGGUGUGCAAAGGGCACGCUCACAUUGUGGUGCCUUACAAAUGCUUAGUGGGAGAGUUUGUGAGCGACGUCCUCCUGGUUCCAGAGAAGUGCAAGUUCUUCCACAAAGAGCAGAUGGACAUGUGCGUCAGCCAUCAGCAGUGGCACCAUGUGGCCAAAGAGGCCUGUUCCCGGAGCACCAUGGUGCUGCACAGCUACGGCAUGCUGCUGCCCUGCGGCAUCGACAAGUUCCACGGCACCGAGUACGUCUGCUGCCCCGCCUCCCGCUCCAAGGAGUCCCCCUCACCCACCCCGCCCUCCCUGACCUCCCAGGAGGACGACGAAGAGGAGCAGAUGGAGGACGAGGAGGUGGACCUGGGGGAAGACGAGGCUGUGGAGGACAGUGAGACACCACCCGAUGAGCAGCCCACUCAGACGGAGGAGCCGGUGGACGAAGGUGAAGAGGAGGAAGAGGAGGAGGAUGAGGAGGAGUACCACUAUGUGUACGAGGACGAGGAGGCAGAUCGGGAGGACGAGGACGAGAAGAGACCGAGCAGUAAAGUGUCAGAGAAGGUCGACGAGGACAAGAUUUUAGAGGAAGUAAAAGCGGUGUGCACCCUGGAGGCAGAGACGGGCCCCUGCCGGGCCUCCAUGCCCCGCUGGCACUUCGACAUGGACCAGAGGAAGUGCGUGCGCUUCACGUACGGGGGCUGCGCCGGCAACCGCAACAAUUUCGACUCGGAGGAGUACUGCAUGGCCGUGUGCAAACGCCUGACUGUGCCUCCGACUCCUCAGCCCACCGACGACGUGGACAUCUACUUCGAGACUCCCGCCGACGACAAGGAGCACAGCCGCUUCCAGAGAGCCAAGGAGCAGCUGGAGAUCCGACACCGGAACCGCAUGGAGCGGGUACGAAAGGAGUGGGAAGAGGCCGACCGCCAGGCGAAGAACCUGCCAAAGGCCGAGAGGCAGACCCUGAUCCAGCAUUUCCAAGCCAUGGUGGAGUCCCUGGAGGAGGAGGCAGCCAGUGAGAAGCAGCAGCUGGUGGAGACCCACCUGGCCCGGGUUGAGGCCAUGCUGAACGACCGGCGCCGCCUGGCCCUGGAGAACUACCUGGCUGCACUGCAGGCUGACCCCCCCAGGCCUCAUCGGAUCCUGCAGGCCCUGAGGCGAUACGUCCGAGCCGAGAACAAGGACCGGCAGCACACCAUCCGACACUACCAGCACGUUCUGGCUGUGGACCCUGAAAAGGCUGCUCAGAUGAAGUCCCAGGUGAUGACCCACCUGCGGGUGAUCGAGGAGAGGAUGAACCAGAGUCUGUCUCUGCUCUACAAAGUCCCGUAUGUGGCCGAAGAGAUCCAGGAUGAAAUCGAUGAGCUGCUCCAGGAGCAGAAAGCCGACAUGGACCAGUUCCUGUCCUCCAUCUCCGAGUCGCAGCCGGACGUGGCCGUUUCGUCGGAGGAGAGCGUGGAGGUCCCCGCCUCCGAGGGCAAACCCUACCGGCCCAUCCAGGUCACGUCGCUGGGGUCCCGCUCCGAGCCCGAGGGCGAUCUAUCAGACUCCCCUCGAGCCUUCAAGAAAGGCUCCGCCAUGGCUGGUCUGGACGGUCUGAUCGGCGCCGAGGAGAGAAUCAUCAACAGCAAACCCAAAACCGAGGAAAACGUGGUGAUUGAUGAGUCUCUGGAUGUUAAAGAAGUGGUUUACAGUGCAGAGAGAGUCAGCGUUAUGCAUGAUGAUGAGCUGGACACUUACCGCCCCCUGGGGGAGGACUUCAGCUUCGGCAGCACCGCCCUGUUCGGCCUGCUGAUGAUCGCCGUGGCCAUCGCGACUGUGAUUGUGAUCAGCCUGGUGCUCCUGAGGAAAAGGCAGUACGGCACCAUCAGCCACGGCAUCGUGGAGGUGGACCCCAUGCUGACACCCGAGGGCCGACACCUGAGCAAGAUGCAGAACCACGGCUACGAGAACCCCACCUACAAAUACCUGGAGCAGAUGCAGAUCUAACCGGAGCUGGAGGCUCGCGGCGGAGGACAGAGACCCGGCGGGGAACAUACUACUGACCAAUAACACGAUGCUAUCGUUAAAAUCAUUUCUACACACCCAAACUGCUUUUUACGGGUUUGUUGGAAAACAAUCCUCGAGUAAAAGCUACUACUUCUACUACUGUUGUACUAUAGAGCUCUUUUUGAUCAUGUUUAUUUAGAGAAGUUUGCAAAAUAUAAAGCGAUAUAAAACCACGCAGAUCAAGAUGUAUAACAUUUCUUCAGACGUUUUUUUUUUUUUUUUUAACGUGAGCAAAAAAUCAGACUAACGUUUGUGACACAACUCUUCCGUUGUUUCCACCUCGCCGAGUGUCCAUCGUGAAUCUGACGAUGAAAUAAUCAGUGUUUUACUUUAUUCUUUUUAAUCUUGAUAGAUUGCUUGUAUAUUAAGGUUCUUUGUACCGAUUCAAAUGUUUAGUGAAAAAAAACAAAAAUGGAGGAACAAAAAAAAAAAAAAAA